AUGCUCAGUGAUUUCUUACGAGACAAAGCCAAUCCCUCAUGCCGCCAUGCCCCCGUAUGUGUUUCUCUGGUUCUUGUAUGGACGUGCUUCACCGGGUCGUUUCCACUGUCUCACCGUCUUCUCAACUCCCCCAUCCAUUCCCCAUCGCUCAACCAUGAUGUUUGGGCGCUGACGUCACCAUGGCCUGCCAAGAUCCCUCCUAUCCGGUAUGGCCCAUCUCCGCUCCCCCAUCCUCCCCCCCCAUCUUCGCUCCCCCAUCCUCCCCCCCCAUCUCCGCUCCCCCAUCCUCCCCCCCCAUCUUCGCUCCCCCAUCCUCCCCCCCCAUCUCCGCUCCCCCAUCCUCCCCCCCCAUCUCCGCUCCCCCAUCCUCCCCCCCCAUAUCCGCUCCCCCAUCCUCCCCCCCCAUCUCCGCUCCCCCCUCCCCCCUCCCCCCCCAUCUCCGCUCCCCGAUCCUUCCUCCCCAUCCCCGCUCCCCCAUCCUCGCUCCCCCAUCCUCGCUCCUCCAUCUCGCUCCCCCAAUCCUCGCUCCCUCAUGCUUGCUCCCCCAUCCCCUCUCCCCCAUCCCUUUUCCCCCAUCCUCUCUCCCCAUCCUUAAUCCCCCCUCUUAGCCCUCCCUAUUUUCACUGGCCAUGCUGCGUACGUGGACACGAGUGUGAUGAUGGGGCAGACGGGGCUGCAUACGUGGACACGAGUGUGAUGAUGGGGCAGACGGGGCUGUACGCCCCGGACACGCAGCAGUUUGGCAACGUGACGUACCUGCGCUGCUCCCCCGAGAACGACUUCUUCCCAGACCUCGCCUCCGCGCCGCGCACCGACAUCAUCUUCUUCUGCUCGCCCAACAACCCCACCGGGCGGGCGGCGUCACGGCAGCAGCUGCAGCAGCUGGUGGACUUCGCGCGUGCCAACGGGUCCAUCAUUGUGUAUGACUGUGCCUACGCCAUCUACAUCGAGGAUGACUCGCCCAAGUCCAUUUACGAGAUCCCUGGCGCUGAUGAGGUGGCCAUUGAAACGGGUUCUUUCUCAAAAUACGCUGGUUUCACCGGGGUGGCCAUUGAAACGGGUUCUUUCUCAAAAUACGCUGGUUUCACCGGGGUGGCCAUUGAAACGGGCUCUUUCUCCAAGUACGCGGGUUUCACCGGUGUGGCCAUUGAAACGGGCUCUUUCUCCAAGUACGCUGGCUUCACCGGCGUGCGUCUCGGCUGGUCCGUGGUCCCAGCAGCGCUGCGCUACACGGACGGCCAUCCGGUGCGGGCGGAUUUCAACCGUGUCACCUGCACGUGCUUCAACGGCGCCAGUAACGUCUCCCAGGCAGGAGGCCUUGCGUGCCUCUCUCCUGAGGGCCUCGAGGCCAUGGCAACGCUGGUGUCGUUUUACAAGGCCAAUGCAGCCAUUCUCAAGGCCACAUUUGAAUCCCUGGGCUAUGAGACGCACGGGGGGGACAAUGCGCCGUACGUGUGGGUGCGCUUCCCUGGGCGCUCCUCCUGGGACGUGUUUGCUGAGAUUCUGGAGAAGGCUGAUAUUGUCACCACGCCUGGGAGCGGGUUUGGGCCCGGUGGGGAGGGGUUCGUGCGUGCGAGUGCGUUUGGGAGCCGUGCGAACAUUGAGGAGGCGGCGCGGCGGAUCACGAAGCUGUACUCGUUGUGA